UGAUGGUGCUUAAUUAAUUGUAGUGUCAAGUUAGUUUGGUUGGUUUAGGCCUUGAUACAAUCGUGCUAGGAUAGCGACAGAGAACAUCAUAGGUCUAGAAGAAAAGAAAAAGGACUGAAAAAGAAAACAAAAGACAGUGACCAAGAAAAAGAACCCAAAACUAUUAGGUUCCCCACAUCCAUCCAUCCAGAUCCAAGCUAAGAGUUAGGGGAUAACGACGCGGUGCCAAACAGAACCAGGAGGGACUCAGCGGCGGCGGCGGCGAGAUGUUUCUUCCUCUUGUUGCCUCCUCCUCUGCAUCCACCGCCUCCACCAGCUUCUUCUCCGGCUCCGGCCGCUCCUUCCUCCCAGAUGCUUGUGUUCACAGCAAGGCGGGAUUGCGGUAUGGAUCGAGUCCCCUCCUCGUGCGCUCGUCGUCGGCCACUCCUCCGUCGCGUCAUUGCUUCCGACGAGCACCCACCGGCGGCAGAACCGUCGUCGUUGCAGCAGCUGCUGCUGCAGCUGCUGACAGCAGCUACUGCCUAACAGCAAAAGAUAUACGUUGUGUGGUGAUGGACAUCGAGGGCACCACCACCCCCAUCUCCUUCGUCGCCGACGUGCUCUUCCCCUACGCGCGCGCCAACGCCCGCGCCCACCUCGCCGCCACAUACCACACCCAGCAGACCCGGGAAGAUGUCGCCCUCCUCCGUGCACAAAUCAACAAGGACCUCGCCGAGGGGGUCCCCGGCGUCGUCCCACUCCCACCCUCCAACGCCACCGACCAGGACAAGGUCAUCGACGCCCUGGUGGCCAACGUGCAGGCCAUGAUCGACGCGGACCGGAAGCUCACGGCGCUCAAGCAGCUGCAGGGCCGCGUGUGGCGGCGCGGCUUCGAGAGCGGCGAGAUGAAGGGGGAAGUCUACGACGACGUCGUCCAAGCUCUCGCGGAGUGGGACACGAAAGGCAUCAAGAGCUACAUCUACUCCAGCGGAAGCAGGGAGGCGCAGCGGCUCAUCUUCGGCAACACCGCCGACCACGGCGACCUCCGGCGGUACCUCUCCGCCUUCUUCGACACCAACGUCGGGUACGCACGCAGUAGCAAUGUACUCCCUCCGUCCCAUAAUAGGCAAGAAAGAGUCUCGCAGUUACUACGAGAUCUGGCAGACCCUCGGCGUCGACAGCCCGUCCCAGAUACUCUUCCUGACCGAUGUCUACCAAGAAGCCACCGCUGCAAGGGAUGCAGGCCUCGAGGUGCUGAUAUCGAUCAGGCCUGGAAAUGCGCCGCUCCCUGAGGAUCACGGCUUUCAGACCAUCACGUCGUUUGCUCAGAUCUCCAUCUGAAUGCCACGGCGAGCUUACCCCUGUCAUAUGCGCACAAGAAUGUGUUAUCUACAAAGGGAACCAUCUGAUUUCAAAGCUCUCUUUUUAUCGUGUAUAUACACCUGUCAUAUGCGCACAAGAAUGUGUUAUCUACAAAGGGAACCAUCUGAUUUCAAA